CCGUGCCCGCAGCCUCGCCGCCGCGCCAUUUUGCCAGGGUUUGAAUGUGAGGCGGAGCAGCGGCAAGGAGCGGGUAGCGCAGGCUACAGUCCGCGGCUGGGAUUCCCUCCUCCGUCCCCGUGUCCCCACGAGAUUCUGUUGCAAUGGAGCUCAGCGAUGCAAAUUUGCAAACACUAACGGAAUAUUUGAAGAAAACCCUUGAUCCCGAUCCUGCCAUCAGACGACCAGCUGAGAAAUUUCUCGAAUCUGUAGAAGGAAAUCAGAAUUACCCAUUGUUGCUUUUAACAUUGCUGGAAAAGUCCCAGGAUAAUGUCAUCAAAGUGUGUGCAUCAGUAACCUUCAAGAACUAUAUUAAAAGGAACUGGAGAAUUGUUGAAGAUGAACCAAACAAAAUUUGUGAAGCUGACCGAGUAGCCAUUAAAGCCAACAUAGUACACUUGAUGCUGAGCAGCCCUGAGCAGAUCCAGAAACAGUUGAGCGAUGCUAUUAGCAUUAUUGGCAGAGAAGAUUUCCCUCAGAAAUGGCCUGACCUGUUGACAGAAAUGGUGAAUCGCUUUCAGAGUGGAGAUUUCCAUGUUAUUAAUGGAGUCCUUCGUACAGCACACUCAUUAUUUAAAAGAUAUCGUCAUGAGUUUAAGUCAAACGAGUUAUGGACUGAAAUUAAACUUGUUUUGGAUGCCUUUGCUUUGCCUUUGACUAAUCUAUUUAAGGCCACCAUUGAGCUGUGCAAUACCCAUGCUAAUGAUGCCUCUGCCCUGAGGAUUCUUUUCUCGUCCUUGAUCCUGAUCUCAAAAUUGUUCUAUAGUUUAAACUUCCAGGAUCUUCCUGAAUUUUUUGAAGACAAUAUGGAAACCUGGAUGAACAAUUUUCAUACCCUCUUAACAUUGGACAACAAGCUUCUCCAAACUGAUGAUGAAGAGGAAGCCGGCUUACUGGAACUCUUAAAAUCCCAGAUCUGUGAUAACGCAGCCCUCUAUGCACAGAAGUAUGAUGAAGAGUUUCAAAGGUACCUGCCUCGCUUUGUCACAGCCAUCUGGAACUUACUGGUUACAACAGGUCAAGAGGUUAAAUAUGAUUUGUUGGUAAGUAACGCAAUUCAAUUUCUGGCUUCAGUUUGUGAGAGACCACAUUAUAAGAAUCUUUUUGAGGACCAGAACACGCUGACAAGCAUUUGUGAAAAAGUUAUUGUGCCUAACAUGGAAUUUAGAGCGGCAGAUGAAGAGGCCUUUGAGGACAAUUCUGAGGAGUACAUACGCAGAGAUCUGGAAGGCUCUGAUAUUGAUACUAGACGUAGGGCUGCUUGUGAUCUUGUUCGAGGAUUAUGCAAGUUUUUUGAAGGACCCGUGACAGGAAUCUUCUCUGGUUAUGUUAAUUCCAUGCUCCAGGAGUAUGCAAAAAAUCCAUCUGUCAACUGGAAACACAAGGAUGCAGCCAUUUAUCUAGUGACAUCUUUGGCAUCAAAAGCCCAAACACAAAAGCAUGGAAUUACUCAAGCCAAUGAACUUGUGAACCUGACUGAGUUCUUUGUGACUCACAUACUCCCUGAUUUAAAAUCAACGAAUGUGAAUGAAUUUCCUGUGCUUAAAGCUGAUGGUAUCAAAUAUAUUAUGAUUUUUAGGAAUCAAGUUCCAAAAGAGCAUCUUUUAGUCUCUAUUCCUCUCUUGAUUCAUCACCUUCAAGCUGAAAGUAUUGUUGUCCAUACAUACGCAGCACAUGCUCUUGAGAGGCUGUUUACUAUGAGAGGACCUAACAAUGCCACUCUUUUUACAGCUGCAGAAAUCGCACCGUUUGUUGAGAUUCUGCUAACAAACCUUUUCAAAGCUCUCACACUUCCUGGCUCUUCAGAAAAUGAAUAUAUUAUGAAAGCUAUCAUGCGAAGUUUCUCUCUCCUACAAGAUGCCAUAAUUCCCUAUAUUCCUACUCUCAUCACUCAGCUAACACAGAAGCUGUUAGCUGUUAGUAAGAACCCAAGCAAACCUCAUUUUAAUCACUACAUGUUUGAAGCAAUAUGCUUGUCCAUAAGGAUAACCUGCAAAGCUAACCCUGCUGCUGUGGUCAACUUUGAGGAGGCUUUGUUUCUAGUAUUUACUGAAAUCUUGCAAAAUGAUGUGCAAGAAUUCAUCCCAUACGUCUUUCAAGUGAUGUCCUUGCUUCUGGAAACACACAAAAAUGACAUCCCGUCUUCGUACAUGGCCUUAUUUCCUCACCUCCUCCAGCCCGUACUUUGGGAAAGGACGGGAAACAUUCCUGCUCUAGUGAGGCUUCUGCAAGCAUUUUUAGAGCGAGGUUCAAACACAAUAGCAAGUGCUGCAGCUGAUAAAAUUCCUGGGUUACUGGGCGUUUUCCAGAAGCUGAUUGCAUCCAAAGCAAAUGAUCACCAAGGCUUUUAUCUUCUCAACAGUAUAAUAGAGCACAUGCCCCUUGAAUCAGUUGACCAAUACAGGAAACAGAUCUUCAUCCUACUGUUCCAGAGACUUCAGAAUUCCAAAACCACAAAGUUCAUCAAGAGCUUCUUGGUGUUUAUUAAUUUGUAUUGCAUAAAGUAUGGGGCACUAGCCCUACAAGAAAUAUUUGAUGGUAUACAACCAAAAAUGUUUGGAAUGGUUUUGGAAAAAAUCAUUAUUCCAGAAAUUCAGAAAGUAUCUGGAAAUGUGGAGAAAAAGAUCUGUGCAGUAGGCAUAACCAAACUACUCACAGAGUGUCCCCCAAUGAUGGACACAGAAUAUACUAAACUAUGGACACCUUUGCUACAGUCUCUGAUAGGCCUUUUUGAGUUACCUGAAGAUGACAGCAUUCCUGAUGAAGAGCAUUUCAUUGACAUAGAAGACACCCCAGGGUACCAGACUGCCUUCUCACAGCUGGCGUUUGCUGGGAAAAAAGAGCAUGACCCUGUAGGUCAAAUGGUGAAUAACCCCAAAAUUCACCUGGCACAGUCACUUCACAAAUUAUCUACUGCCUGUCCAGGAAGGGUCCCCUCCAUGGUGAGCACCAGCCUCAAUGCUGAAGCACUGCAGUAUCUCCAGGGCUACCUGCAAGCGGCCAGUGUUACACUGAUGUGAACUGUGUCCUCAUUUGCUGAGCCCAGGGGUGAUUUCUUAGGAAUCACGUGGACUCCUGAACAAGGCUGUGUUGAAACAAAGCAAGUUUUCCUUCUGAGUUUGUCACAGAUUCCAUCUUACAAAAAAUAGUAAAUGUUGCUUUAAGCUGAACUUUGAGCAAAUUAGGUGGUUUGUGUGAUCAUAAUUACAGUGGGGUAAUUUUUCUAGAUUGCAACAGCAAGGAACAGUACAGUGUGUGACAUUGAUUUGAGUUGAGCAUUUGCACGGUUUGGAUAAUUUCAGCUUCUUGACAGACACUGACUUGUGGACACAUCUUUCAUUUACUAAAUCCUUGUUUUGAAGCUGUUGCUGUUCGUGUGUCUCUUGUCCUUUGUGGUUUUAUCUGUUUCUUUCAGCUUUUAUUGGGUAUGUGAAAAAGUAAAGAAUCACUUGUUAACUUGCCCAAACAAUGCACAUUUCCUAGUUUACGUCUGUGAUCAGCAAUAAAGAAAUCCCCAAAAAUGCGUCUAAGAACACCUAA